GUGAGAUCAGUGAUGACAAUAACAAGGGUUUCAUCCUCCAAUUCUAUCUAUCUAUCUAUGACAAUUACAAGAAUGUGGUCUUUGGAGCGUCCAAUGUCUAAAGCCUUACAUGUGAUGUAAUGUACCUGUAGUGUAGUAUAUAACACUUCCUCUUCCUGUCGUACAGGUUGUAUGGAGGUUGAGUUCAAAAAGAGAUUAAAGACCUUUCUCCGUGAGGUACAAUCUGCAGGCCUCCUCCUCAUUGAUAAUCUAGUGCUGACUCAACUCACUCUCAGCAGUCAGUAAACCACAGACGGCAGCACCCUCCACUACAGAAGGCUGCUGCCAAAGACACGUAGGACAACUGACAACUGGGCAUUUGGAUAGAAGACAAGAUGUAAUGAGUCGUCUACUGGUUAAUACAAAUAGUCACAAACAUUCUCAAAUGACCUCUUCCAAAAAAUAAACUAAUAAUAAUAAUAAACUUUAUUUAUAUAGGUGCCUUUCAAGGCUCUCAAGGUCGCUGUACAAGAUACACAAAAUACAAACAAAACAAGUCUGUAUAAUUCACUGAAUCAGUUAUUAUGUUCAAAAAUGCUUAGAGAGAUUUAGCCCCGGUUAGAGAUAAGUUUGUUACUCUUUGGACAUCAAAGACAUUUGAUGGCACAUCAAAACCUUCUGAGCUAUCCUUCUACGGCUCACAUCAAACUCAAAAGCAAAGCCUUGUUGAUUGUUUAAUAUCUUAUAUGCUAGUAGACAGGCUUAUAAUACCUCUACCAACAGUAAAAGCAGCUCUUGUUUUUCGGUUUUGGAUUGAAGCUGAGUCGUGAGCGACAACCAUUACUAGAUCUGGAAAGCGACAUUGUGAUUUUAUAUGCACUUGGUAUAUUUGAGGGGUUUGCAUAGACAACAGAAUUGAGUCAAAUGCUAAAUUUCUCCUUUUUAAUUAUUAAAACUAAAAUGGGGAAAAGUGUACCAUCUCUCCAAUCUCCUAAAUGUUUACUGGAUCAACACAUGGUUGGUUUUGGUUUUAGAAUUUGAAAAUGUAAGAAUGAGUGAGAGCUGAUCUCUCAUGCUAUUAGGUGGAGCCUGGUUGCAACAUUUGAGCGUCGGGAUCUGUGGGUUUUUUGGUGGACAUACUAUAAUAAGGAGAGAUCCUGAGAGAUUAAUGACAGAGAUUCCCCCUGGAAUCACGGUACUCUGCUGGCAGUGCAGUCAGUGAGAGAUCUGCAGGCAGCAGCUGGAAGUCAUGAGCAAUUUAAGAAAAUACUGUUGUUUUCCCAGCAGGUGGAACCCUGUAUGUGUGUGUAAAUAUGGCGGAGUUCUGAUGUCGAGUGGAUGGGUUUGCCUGCUGGAUGCUGACUGUGUGCUCAUAAUGACUCAGGAGGAGGAUAAGGAUGGUGCCAUCAGUCAGCAGAUUUUCAGUGAAGGAGGUGUUACUGAGGGGAAACCCUGCUUUCACUCCGCCCACUCCUUUUGCUCUGGUUAAACAUCGAUGGCAUGAAUUAAUUUCCAUGCAGCAAUCCUUUUCUCCAUUGGCUGAGAGACUCAUUCCACCCAUUGACAAUUGAACCUGCUAGGAUGGACUGCAGUGAUUGGUCGGGCUCAGCUGCAGUGAGGAUGCAGGUUUCUGGAGGUUCUCUUUGCUGCAUUUCUCUGGCUGCUGCUAGUGAAGCCGGCCAAAUGGCAAAUCCUGACUGCUGGUGCUGCCGGAAAUAACUCAUCAAUCCAACAAGAGGUACUUACAGUGCGGAAUUCUGGGUCUUUCCUCGGAAGUUACACAGCAAGAGUUGGAUAUGAGUAUUUAUCUUUUUACCCUGCUGUCGACCUGAGCCUGGAUGUUUGUCAAAUGAAUGCUGAAAUGAGAAAAGAUCCAGUAAGAUGAGCUACUGAGCAGGAGCAGUGAGGUGGAAGAAAGAGGAGGAGAACUCAGUCCCACUCUGUCGUCAGCUGACCUUUCCACACUUGUUCUGCUACUGCAAGUCUUUGAUUUCAGCCAGCACACACAGUGACGGUUUGUUACUGUGUCUGUCACCCAGACCCAGUUGGUCCCAGUUUGAGUAUGAUGGAGGGCAUGCUUACUUUCUUGUGCCAGAGGCUUUUUGGCAGGACACAGUGUCAGCCUACUGAUCCUCAGUUUCCAGGGGAGAAAGAGACAGAGGCCACUGGAAACUGCAGAGAGGAAAAGACUGCACCCUCCAAUGACAGUGAAAAAAUCAGCAGGACUGAAACUCCAAAGAAGAACACAGUUUUCAUCCUUGUGGCACCACCUAAGGGUCUUCAACAGAAAAUAGUGAAAGCAGGAGACAAGGACCUGGAUGGACAGUUAGACUUUGAAGAGUUUGUUCAUUAUCUCAGAGACCACGAGAAGAAACUCCGGCUGGUCUUCAAGAGUCUCGACAAGAAGAAUGAUGGCCGGAUUGACUCUCAAGAAAUCAUGCAAUCUCUGCGUGACCUGGGGGUGAACAUCUCUGAGGAGCAGUCUGAGAAGAUCCUCAGAAGUAUGGAUAAAAAUGGCACAAUGACGAUUAACUGGAAUGAGUGGCGGGAUUAUCACCUCCUUCAUCCAGCAGACAACAUUCCUGAGAUCAUCCUCUACUGGAAACACUCCACGAUCUUUGAUGUUGGUGAGAGUGUGUUGGUCCCGGACGAGUUCACAGCGGAAGAGAAGAAAACAGGAAUGUUGUGGCGACAUCUAGUGGCUGGAGGAGGAGCGGGCGCUGUGUCUCGAACCUGCACUGCACCACUGGACAGGCUCAAAGUACUCAUGCAGGUUCACUCCUCCAAGAGCAACAGCAUGCGUAUCACUGGAGGCUUCCUGCAGAUGAUCCGAGAGGGAGGUGUGAGGUCACUUUGGCGAGGCAACGGCAUCAAUGUCAUUAAAAUAGCCCCGGAGUCUGCUAUUAAGUUCAUGGCCUAUGAGCAGAUCAAACGAUUAAUGGGAAGUAACAACGAGACGCUGGGCAUUGCGGAGCGGCUGGUAGCCGGCUCUCUGGCUGGAGCCUUCGCUCAGAGCAGCAUCUACCCCAUGGAGGUCCUGAAGACACGCUUAGCUCUGAGGAAGACGGGCCAGUACUCGGGCAUCGUGCAUUGUGCCAAACAUAUCUUUCAGAAGGAGGGGGCAACUGCUUUCUACAAGGGCUACGUUCCCAACAUGCUGGGCAUCAUCCCCUACGCUGGCAUCGACCUGGCAGUCUAUGAGACUCUGAAGAAUUACUGGUUGCAGCACUACGCCACAGACAGCGCUGACCCGGGGGUGUUUGUGCUGCUGGCCUGUGGCACCACCUCCAGCACCUGUGGCCAGCUGUCCAGCUACCCCCUGGCCCUGGUCCGGACCCGGAUGCAGGCACAAGCUACCCAGGAAGGGGGCCCUCAAAUGACCAUGCGCACCCUGUUCAGACACAUCAUUAAGACUGAGGGGCCCUUUGGACUCUACCGGGGCCUGGCUCCCAACUUCAUGAAGGUCAUUCCAUCAGUCAGCAUCAGCUAUGUGGUCUACGAGUACCUCAAGGUCCAACUGGGGGUCCAGUCAAAGUGAGGAGGGGCAGAGCGCAGAUCAGGAGGCUGAAGGGUUUAUGCUUUUGUUUUGAGCUGAAGAUUUGCAGCGAUGGCCUCCAAGAAACAUGCAGCUGACACUCAACAUAUUCAAAUCCCAUUGUGAAAUAUCAGGGUUCAAAAGAUAAAUGUGAGGUGAUGUGAAUGAAGAGAAUGAGACCCCGAAGGCAGAGAGGAUGAGGGAGGCUCGAUUGAAGCAACUCAGUUUAGUUGUCUCUAAAUAAACAUGCCUUACGCAAUUCAGGGGACAGAUAUUUACAUUGAAUUCCUGACAGUAGUUUGCUGGGGUACCAGCAUCUUGCCAGUGAUAUGUCAGGAUCUCCUGCUCAGUGUGAAGGAAGAAUCUUUCUCUUAAAGGGCUUUGCUACAGCACAUCACAAACAUCAUGGUUUUCUUUCAUGUCAUUUGUGCUCUCAAGCUCUCUCGGUUGCCCUCUUGCUGCAGCCACAAGGAAAACUAUACAGAAGCUGUGGCUUAGUAAUUAAUGUGCACACAUGAUUAAAUCAGGACCAUUAAGUUGUUAAUGGAACAUAACAUUUCCUUUUUUUUCCACUGCUCCCUUAGUUGCUUUAAAGACAUUCAUCAGUCAGUUGUUUUACAGAGUGAGAUGUGACCAAGCAGGAAACCAGCAAGAUGUGACUUCAUUUGUUUAACAAUGAUACGCUGGACAGCAUGUUUUUAUUUUUAGGAUGAUAUUUUUUGUGCUUUUUGACCUUAUAGACAGUCCAGAACAGGAGAGACAGGAAAAGGGGGACAUGCAAUAUUUGUACUGUUGAGGGAAACAGAUUGUAGAUUAAGUUGACACUGUACAUUCUGUAUUUUAUUUUUGAAAAAGCAGGAUAAAAUGUUGAGUUUAGUGUCCCUCCUAUAUGUGUGUACUCAGGCAUAUCUGAGACACACGUCCAUUCCUCCUUAUUCCUGUACAAAAUAUCAGCUAUCAAGUUUUCUUUUAAAGCGGUUUCCCUCUAUACAGGUUUGAAAUGAGCCAUCAGGAAAAUAAUGUGUUAUUAGCUCGGGACAUUUGAAUAUUUUGCAGGCUUGUUGGCUGAAGACAUUUUCCUUUUUUUUUUCUUGUAUGAACUCAAUAAAAGUCCAUCCUUUCGCCUGCGGAGCCCCCGGGCUACUGCAGCUCUCUGACUGAAGCUGCAGGUCCAUGAGUGCCUUGUGUGCCUCUUACUUAAAUGCACUUGAUCACUAAUAGAGGGGAAGACUGUGGAACAUUGAAUGCACUUUAAGGUACUUCGCUUUAACUCCUGAUUUUAUUAUUAUUAAUGUAUUUAUGUAUUUAUUUUUACAAAAAAGGAUUCAUUACUGCAUGUGUGAUCUAUUGGUUGUGCUGAAUAAAUAAUAUACAGGUCUGAUUUUCAAAGAAAUAGUGUUCAAUAGAAAGUUAGACUGAAAUAUUGAAACCAUCAUGCAAGUAGAAUAUUUAAAUCAGCUAACAUUUUGUGUAACAGUUGGAGAAAAUGAUUAAAACUCAACUAAUUAUUGGGAAA